GUGGUUCCUUCUUGUCGCCCUGUGUAAAUGGGGAAACUGAGGCCCUGGGAGGCGAAGGCUCUGAUUCUGGGUCGGGCAGCUAGGAAGAGGAGCCCGGGCCUGGAGGAGGAGCCAGAAGAGAGCUCAGAGCCCAGAUCGUGCAGUUUGGGCAUAUUCCUUGGAGUAUGGAUCACCUGGGAUUUGUCCGAAGUGGAGUGAGAGAGGGCACCAGCAAGCUUGCUGUCCCACAGAAGAAUGCCUAUGCCCGGCUAGUCCAGCAGCACCGCAGUGGCCGCUUCCGUUCCUACUUAAAUCAUGUGGCUCAGAAGAUGCAGUUAGAGGAGAUGGGCUUGGCUGAUGCUGGUUCCGAUGCAGACUUGCCUUUGAAAGUGGGGAUGACGCAUGAGGCUGUAACAAGAAAUGGGCUGAAUGUGCCUGGUUCUUCGCCAAAGAAAGCUAUUCCACCAGAUAGCACUGAAUGUCUGGGAGUGGAGAUGCUUCCUGAUGACAGUCUUGAAGCCUCCAGGAAAGCCCCUGAGAUGUGCCCGCUGGGAGUGGGGGAGAUGAAGGAGGCCUACUGUAGUCACCCUGGAGAGAGCAUCUUCGAGGUGGAGAGCUUGAGCCGGGGUUUGAGUGGCUGUAAGUUCGCGCAAAGCCCGAGGUCAGGCCAUGUUCUUCAGAAGGCUGGAGCCUCUGUAGACAAGGAUGUGUCUGAGACUGGGCAGAGCAGACUUCAGAAAGGAAAAUAUGCCACGAAUGUGGAGAAAGCACGGGACAUUUCUGUGGCAGAAGAGCGGCAGUGCCAUCUGGACCCCCAUUCACUGACUUCUGAGAGGCCUGGGCCCCUCCCUCCCGAGCAGCUGCCAGGGAGCCGGCCUCGAAAGAGUUCUGAGCUGAGUAGCACGCCUUCGAAUCUGGGGAAGAAGAGGCAACUCUUGGAGGCUGAAAGUAUGAGCCAUUUGGACUGCAGGACACACCCAAAGCAGCUGGGAACUCCAAAAGGUGUGUCCCAUGCACUUGGCUGCUCUGGAACUGGGUCAAUGCCAGGAGACAGAAAGAUGCCGAGUAAGCACUCACAGGGGAAGAAAAGGAGCGUAUUUGAGUCCUACAUGUCUAAGGAGAGUGUUUCAGCUGGCCUGAAGAGAGGAACACUUAUUCAGGGUGUGUUGAGGAUAAAUCCAAAGAAGUACCAUGAGGCGUUCAUUCCUUCCCCGGACGGGACCAGAGACAUCUUUAUUAAUGGAGUUGUUGCGCGGAACAGAGCUUUGAAUGGUGACGUGGUAGUGGUGGAGCUGCUGCCCAAGGAUCGGUGGAAGGUAAUUAAGACAGAUGACAGUGAUAAAGGAGGUGACACUGUGCCUGAGUCUGAUGUCACUGAGGAACUAUUGAGGACUCCACCUCAGCAGCUUGGGAGGAGGUGCACUGCUGACAGCCCUGAUGUCAUCCUAGAAGCUCAACUUAAUGAUAGUGAGACUGAGGAUGGGCAAGAACAUGGGCCAAGUGUGCUAGCAGAGGUUACCCAGGAGAAGGGAAAUGAGAACACCAACAUACUGCCUGGCACCCAGGGAAACAGCCCAAAGUCACAAGACACAAGACUCUGCCCAGACAAUUUGCUCCAGAGAUCUGCCAAGGUGGUUUACAUCUUAGAGAAGAAGCAUUCCAGGGCAGCCACUGGGUUCAUCAAGCCCCUGGCCGAUAAGAACAGUGAGCUGUUCAGGAAAUGUGCCUUGUUUUCACCCUCUGAUCACCGAGUCCCAAGGGUGUACGUGCCCCUCGCUGACUGUCCUGCGGACCUUGUGAGCCGGCCUAAUGACUAUGCCCAAGCACUCUUUGUCUGCAGGAUUGUGGCCUGGGAGGAACACAGCCACUUUGCAGUGGGACAUCUGGCUAAGAGCCUGGGCCAGGCUGGUGAGAUCGAACCAGAAACAGAGGGGAUCUUGAUGGAGUAUGGGGUCGAUUUCUCUGAUUUCUCCCCAGAAGUUCUGGAAUGUCUUCCCCAGGCCCUACCUUGGACCAUUCCACCUGCCGAGUUCAGCAAGAGAAGAGAUUUAAGGAAAGAUUGCGUCUUCACCAUUGACCCUGCCACUGCUCGCGAUCUGGAUGAUGCCCUUUCCUGCAGGCCCCUUCCUGAUGGGAACUUUGAAGUGGGAGUUCACAUCGCAGAUGUCAGUUACUUUGUUCCGGAAGGAUCCGCUCUGGAUAAAGUGGCCAGUGAGAGAGCCACAAGUGUCUACCUGGUGCAGAAGGUGGUGCCCAUGCUCCCCAGACUGCUCUGUGAGGAGCUGUGCAGCCUCAACCCCAUGACCGACAAGCUCACCUUCUCCGUCGUCUGGAAGCUGAGCCCCGAGGGCAAGAUCCUUGACGAGUGGUUCGGCCGGACCAUCAUUUGCUCCUGCACAAAACUGAGUUAUGAUCAUGCCCAAAGCAUGAUUGAACACCCUGACAAGAAGUUCCAUGAGGAUGAGCUGCCUCCUGUGUCCACAGACCACCCCAUUGAGCAGAUCCAUCAGGCCAUCUUGAACCUCCAUGGGAUCGCCACACAUCUGCGUCGGCAGCGCUUUGUGGAUGGGGCCCUUCGACUCGAUCAGUUAAAACUUGCUUUCACUCUGGACCAGGACAGUGGAAUGCCUCAAGGAUGUCACAUCUAUGAAUACAAGGACAGCAACAAGCUGGUGGAGGAGUUCAUGCUGUUGGCCAACAUGGCAGUGGCUCACCAGAUCUACCGCGCCUUCCCUGAGCGGGCCCUGCUGCGCCGCCACCCGCCCCCCCAGAGCAAGCUGCUGAGUGACCUCGAGGAGCUCUGUGACCAGCUGGGACUGGCCAUUGACUUCAGCUCGGCGGGAGCCCUGCACAAAAGCCUGACGGAGAUGUUUGGGGACGACAUGUACUCCCUGGCGUGGAAGGAGGUGCUCACCAACAUGUGCUCGAGGCCCAUGCAGAUGGCGCUGUACUUCUGCACGGGCGUGCUCCAGGACGUGGCUCAGUUCCGCCACUACGCCCUCAACGUGCCCCUCUACACCCACUUCACCUCGCCCAUCCGCCGCUUCGCCGACGUCCUGGUGCACCGGCUCCUCGCGGCCUCGCUCGGGUCCAGAGAGCCCCUGAGCCUGGACGCGGACGGCCUCCAGAAGCAGGCUGACCACUGCAACGACCGGCGGAUGGCCUCCAAACGGGUGCAGGAGCUCAGCACCAACCUCUUCUUCGCCGUCAUGGUCCGGGAGAGCGGCCCCUUGGAGUCCGAAGCCAUGGUCAUGGGCGUCCUGAACAAGGCCUUUGACGUGCUGGUGUUACGCUUUGGGGUGCAGAAGCGCAUCUACUGCAACGCCCUGCCGCUGCAGAACCACCACUUUAAGAAGGUGGGGAAGAAGCCGGAGCUCACCCUCAUCUGGGAAGCCGAGAGCCCCCAGCAGAAGGCGGUGCCCCAGGUGAUCACCAUUUUCAGCCUGGUGGAGGUGGUUUUGGAAGCGGAGGACGACACCCUCAAGUACGUGGCCACCCUGAAGAGGCCGGAGGGGACCCAGGCGCCGGAGGACGGGCUGAGAGACCGAGACGGAUGAGGGGCGACCCAGCCCCGCCUCCCCUCUCGGCCUGGCCGCACCGCCCAGGGGACGGAGGGACCUCGGCGAGCCCAGGGGGAUUUUAAGUUUGUUUAAAGUUUUAAGUUAAGUUUAACAAUUUGGGAGUUUUGUGGAAGUUUAAUUUUAACAUGAACCGAGUGGGGGCCGGACUGAGGUGCUGGGAGAGCGGCAGGAGAGGGGGCCGGACGCGGCCGCCCCCGCAGAGCUCUCUCGGCCUCCUCUUGGCCUCCCCUCAGCAAGAAGCCGCCGUGGUGGGCCGGGGGCUGCCUAGCCCGGCCAGCCCCCACCCAGCCAGGCUGGGGCUUUCUUGGUAAAUCCACAUCAUGGAAUAAAUUGGAUGACGAGGGA